AUGGCGACUUCAUUUUUCAAAAUGAACUACUAUUGUGAGUUUAUUCUACAAAACAAAUUUCUUGUACAGUUGUGUAACAAACUUGCUAAUCGACAUGUAAGAGUUGCUCUUGCUGAUCCAAGUGAUGUUUCUUGCUGUGACAUAUGCGAAAAUGCACCAGCUUUCUUUUACUGUGAGAUAGACGGAAGUUCUCUUUGCUUGCAAUGUGAUAUGAUGUUCCCAGGUGAUAAACUAGAGAAAUCUGAAGAUAAUUUGAAUACAGGUGGUAAUACCGGGGAACCAAAUCAACAACCUAAGGUGGUAAUGGGAAAGAACCUGCAAAAUCACAGGACUUCUCAUGUUCCUGUAGUGAACUCCAACAAUGAUGGGAAUGGAAAAAUGACCGAAAAUUUGGUAGACCUUAAUGCCACGUCAGACAGGAUGCACGGGCGACAUUUACGUAACCAGGCACACGGGAAUGCUGUUCUUGGCUGCACCAGUGAUUUUCCCAGCAGAUCUCCUAAAAGAGAGCCAGAGAAGUGA